AUGAAAUAGAUUCUCUCCUAAAGUUUUACACCAGAAACAGCACAUAUGCUGUUUAGAUAGCAGUCAGAGAGACCGAAUUUAUUGCCAAGAUAGCGGAAUCAGAAAGAAUGUGAUGCAAAAGAUUUGUACACAUUAAUUGUCAAUAACAAUAUGAUUAAAGAGAUUGGGAUUAUAAAUGUUUUUAAGGAGGAAGAUCGAGAAUCAAUUUUUAAAAAUCAUAUUGUGAAUUACGUAAUCCAAAUAAGAACAGAUUAUAUUGAUUAUACAAUUCCAAAAAGAUAUUCUGAAUUUGAGAGAUUAUACGAUUCAGUAAAUAAAUCAAAUGAAAUUUAGUUACCAAUUUCUUAGAAAAACAUGCCCAAAUUUCCUUAAAAGAAAGUCAUUUAAACAAAUUCAAGAAAAACAAUAGCAAAAAGAUAAGAAAUGCUUGAAAGUAUAAUAUAUAGUAAUUAGAAUUUUUAUAAUAUUUGUUACAUCAUUUAGACCAUUCAUUAUAUUUGUUUUUGGACUUUAUAAAAAUUAAAGGUAUUUUUAAAAUAUAUAAAAAUCCUAGAGUAAUUCCAAAAAGGGGGGUUUGAUUAAAAUGUGAAAAUGCAUCAAUUUAGUAAAGAUGAAAAUGCCUUAUGUGAUCUGUUGGAAACAAGUCCAAAAAAAAUAUAGCCAAAUAAUUAGGCAGAAUAAAUGAUAUUACAUUAUUUAUGGAAAUUAAAUGAAACAGUUAAUGAAAGAGGCAAAAUAUUUUAGUAAGUUAUUCAGUUUAUAAUUAUAGGAAGAUGGAGAAGUAUUUUUUUGGUAAGAUUCAGUAGAUCUCUCCUCUGCUUUUAAAAGUAUUGUUAAUUGGAGAUGAUGAAAGAGAACUUUAAGGAAUCAUGCAAAUGCUCUCUAUUUAAACUAAUGAUAUGCAAAGUCACAUCAGUUGCAUAAAUGGAUUCUAGUUCUUUCGGAAAAUUUUGGAAUACGAUUACAAUCCAAGUAAAAUUAAUCAAGACUAUUCAAUAGAUGCUGAAUAGGCAAUUAAAUUAUUUACUGAAAUCAGUAUUAAGUAAUUUAGAACAAUGGCAAUAUAAUCACAUAUUUGUGGAUAGCAGAAGUUAUGUAAAUAGGAUUCAUUAACGAUUCUUCACAAAUACAUUCAGUAGAAUCAAUUGAAAAAUCAAAUGAUUAACUAUUUAUUAGUUGAUGAUGAAGCUAUUCGAGAAUAUGAUUCCUAUGUUUAAAAGCAAGUGAACAAGAUGAAUGAUGAAGUUAAAUAAAUAAGGGAUAGCAAUGAAAACCUGUAAGAGUUAUUGCCUACUAAAUCUAAUUCAAUUGAACAUGCUAUUCUAGAAUAAGAACCUACACUUGAAUAAUUGGUUGAAAUAAGUCAGAUGAACCUAAAUUGGAAAUUUGUUCAAGGUAACUUUUCAUAUUUAUUCGAGAAUGUGGAAGACACACUAUGUAUCAUCUUUAAGGAUAAUUUAUUAAGACAGUUCAUCCAAUUGAAUGUCCCAUUGAUAAAGCCAUACAAAUAUUCACUGAUCUUAAACAAUAAUGGUUCCAUGGCAUGUUAUAGAAAGAUGUUUUGGAGAAGGUCGAUGAUUAUAGAAGUGUGAUCGUAGAAUACUAUGUUUGGGAAGACAAGUCGACCUUUAAGAAAAUGGCUUUCAUUAGUGAUUAAGAGAUUCUUAAAAUUAAUGAUUCCACUUAUCAAAUCACUAUUGUGCCCAAUAAUAAGCAAUUACCUAUUCAUUACAAAUUGAAAUGUGAUCAAAAAGGUAUUUACAAAAGAAUAAGUUUAGGUCAAAAAAUGAGUCUUAUUCUAAUUAAAUCAAUACAAUCUAAUCAUACUGAAGUUGUGAUUUAUCAGAAUAUUAUGGAUCUCACUUUCAGAAAUGCUUUGGCACCAGUUAUAUUGAAAGAGAUUCCUUGGUUCAAUCAUGCCAUAACUAAACUAAAAGCCUUGCUAUGA